AAAUAACGAGCGACAGGUGUUUGUUCAACUCGGAGCGAAAGCGAUCUUAGCAUAACUACGAACUGGACUCGUGAAACCUUCAUUUUCAAGAUGUAUAUAUCAUCUUUACUCCUUCUUUUCACGAUUUUUACUACAGGAGUAUGGGGUCAGAAGUGCUAUGUCUGCAAGGACCAAGAUGAAAACACCGGGAAGUGUGCAACAACAGUGCAGGAAUGCAGCUUUGGAGAAGAUUACUGUCUUUCGGAAAUUAGAUGGGGAAGUACACCCUUCUGGGAGAUCGGUGCCCCAAUGCAGUAUUACAUCAGCAAGAAAUGUGCAACAGCGGAUGAAUGUGUGACUACCAAAUCAGAAUAUAUGCCCUAUUGUCAACGGAUCUGGUGGAGAGAUUGGAAAUGCGCUGAAUGCUGCAAAGGAGAUCGUUGCAAUUAUUUCAUCACGCUGGGUUCAUCUACAGUCACAUCAAACAUUGCAUUGAUGUUGUUAGCAGGAACGUUCACACUUUUAUUACCAAUGUUCCACUGAUCAUGAAAAGUUAAAGAGAUUUGCUUAGAAAAUGCAAAGAUAUGAUAUAUCAUGGACCAAGACAAUGCUCUUUGUAUUGAAAUGAUAUUCCAUGGAAGAAGAUGAGUCUCAACAGUGCUUUGCAUCUUGCAGUGCAUCUGCCAUUUUUAGAUUUUAAUGCACAGACCAGUUGAAGAUUUCAUGAGGGUUUAGAUUUAUUAGUUUUUCUGUAAAGAAAGUAAUGUUUUUUGAGAAAAACAGAAAUAAUUAGUGUUGAUAAAUCACAAUGUCUUGCAACUCAGCUAUUGCCUUACAUCAUCAUAUGUUAGUAUUAUUGAAACUAUGAAUUUAGUUAUUGAAGUCAUAAGAAAAUUGAAUGUUAAGUACUUAUUAAAUAUAUUCCGUCCAUUUAUCUGUCCAGAAUUUUUAUGAAGUGAUUUUCAUAUUUUGUUAUAUUGUUAGUCCCUUUAGAUGCUUAAUCUAUUUUAGAAGAAUUCCAGUAAAAGCAGAUAUUAAGGAAGCCAAUUUUGGCAGGUAAAUUCCAGCAGUGUGUUUUUAGGUUGUCAGAAUAAGACUUAAUUUUGCUUAGUGUACCAAGUUAAAAGGAGUACAAUUUUUAACCAAGGGAAACAGUAAUUAAUUGUGAAAACAAAUCACAGUGAAAGAAGGUAAAUGACCUAGGUUUCUUUAGCCUGUCAUAGGCUAACUAUUCAGAUAUUCUGAGGCAAGUAUUCAAGGAUGUUGGUAUGAAGAUGUAUUUUUUUCUCUUCUAUUCUCCAAAUCCAUGUGUUGCACCAAAUUUUAAAUGGUACUGAGGCAAAGGCCCUGGAGAGAGUGACAAAUCAUUCUUGGCAGAUACAGGCUACAUGACCCUCCCAGUCAGCCAGUCAUUGAGAAUAAGCAUCCAUCUACUGAUAGAUUUGUCGAAAUUUGUUGGUCUUCAAUUGCUAUUCUACUAUGUUUGUUCACUCAUUUGUCAUUUUAUUUUAUUUUAUUUCCUUCCUUUCUACCUUGAAGUUGAUUUAAAGUAAAUAACAGCAAUCACUGAAUUUCACAUUUUACUCAUCCUCAUAUGCAAAUUGUGUCGGUAGCCUCACUUCUAUGCCAAUGUUGAUUCCAGGUAUAUUUAAGCUGAUGCCUGAAGUCAGCCAAAAGUGCUGCAAAAUUUUCCUCAAAUUGUAUUUCAAGUUUUUAUGUUUUUUGCUCAAUUACUAUUUGCACAGCACUUCAAGUGUGACAUUUUUGGGUAUUUAACCAUAUUAUUAGGAUCUUUUUCUUUACUUUUUUUUUCAUUAUUAUUAUUAUAAUUAUUAUUAUUAUUCUCUAUAUAUGUAUAUAUAUAUUUUCAAGAUUCAGGAUGAUGCUGAGCUCCCAAAGAUAGAACUAAAUAGAUUGGAACUUUUGUCAGUUCUUGUGGAUAAAUAAUGCAAAUUUGAUGCAUCAAAGUGUUGGCAAUGAAUAAAUCCCUUCUGUUUUGUCAGUUAUUUUCAUUGUAUUUCUAACAAUUAUAAUGACAGUGAUUCUUAUUAUUGUCAUUUAGUAUCUUUAUUGUUAAUUUCACGAUUUUAGAUAUUAAUAAUGAUACUGACAUGUAUUUUAUGGCAUACAAGAUACAUCUAAUAUGUAGUGUGGUCUGUGUUGAAAAAUGAAAUUUGAGCAAAAUUUUCCAGAGAUCACCCAGAUCUCGCAAGACUAUAUCUAUUACUAAGUCUCAAUUUUCUGGCUAUUGUUUUGAGCUUUAAGCUUAGAUAUUUUUUACUUCAUGUUAAAUUUUGUGUACAGCAGGUACAGAAGUUGUUGAAUUUUGUGAUUGAGACUUUUAAAAAUGUUAUAUAGGACAUAGGAAUAUUUUGAGUCCAUUUUGUAAAAUCAGAAAAAUGUUCUUCUUGAAUGCCACAAAAAAGUAGUUAUUUUAUUGUUGAUAAGGCUCAUAGGACCUCACAUUACAUCUUUUAAAACAUUCAUUUCUUAAGACUGAUUAAACUUAAAUUAAGUACAGAAUAGUAUUACUGUAAUUCAAAAUGAAAAGAUUUUUAGUACGUAAGAAUCCGUUAAAAGAAUCUGUCGAUUAUAGAAAAACAUUCCGUCCAUAAACACUAUAUUUUUUAUAAUACGUUUUGUGAAAGUAUAUAUUUUGAUUAAUUUUAUGUACUUUACCUUGAAGUGAAGGUAAAAAGUUCAGUAUGGUGGAAUAAAAUCAUUGAAUAAUAA